AUGGUGUUGAAAGUGGAAUUACUUUCCGAAGAGAUGAUGAUCAAGCCAUCAUCACCAACUCCACCUCACCUCAAAACCCUCAAACUAUCCUUUAUUGAUCAAACCUCGCCACCCAUUUUCCAGAAUUACAUCUUUUUCUUCAAUCAUGCUACUGCAGAUUCAUCACAACUGCUGAAGCAAUCUUUAUCGAAGGUCUUGACCCUGUUUUAUCCCUUAGCUGGACGGAUCAAAGGAAACGAUUUCAUUGAUUGUAGUGAUGAUGGCGCGCUGUGGGUUGAAGCUCGCGUUCAUGGCUUCCUCAAAGAUGUGGUUGGAAAUCCAUUAAUGGAGGAAUUGGAAAAGUUUCUUCCCAUAGAGACUCAAAAUAAUGGUAAUAAUGAUAGUGAGUUAUUGCUUGGUGUUCGAGUAAAUUAUUUUCUUGACGGCGGAAUAGCCGUCGCGGUUUGCGUGUCGCACAAGAUCGGCGAUGGACUCUCUCUGAUCAACUUUGUCAAUGCAUGGGCUGUCACCGCCCGAGAAGGAGACGCCGCCGCCGGGAAAAUCCCGCCGCCCAAUUUCGGGUUGGUUUCGUCUCUCUUCCCGCCGACGACGAUGGACCUGUCCCAGUUUGGAUUCUCGCCGACCCUUGGCGUUGCGAGGGAAAAGAUCGUCACCCGGCGCGUGGUGUUCGACAAAGAAAAGCUGGCAGCUCUGAAGAAAUCUGCGGCGGCCGAGUCGUCGAGAGUGGGAAACCCCACUCGCGUGGAGGCCCUCUCCGCAUUCAUGUGGAAGCAGUUCAGCUGGACGGCUCAAAGAAAUGAUUUCAUUGAUUGUAGUGAUGAUGGCGCACUGUGGGUCGAAGCUCGCGUUCAUGGCUUCCUCAAAGAUGUGGUUGAGAAUCCAUUAAUGGAGGAAUUAAACAAGUUUCUUCCGGUUGAGCCUUAUAUAAAGGCGAUGAUGGGCAGUUAA